AUGCUUGCUCUCAGACGGUUAACAAGAUACACAUUCCUCAAGCGAACGCAUCCGGUGUUAUCUGCUCAUCGUGCAUAUAAAUUUUUCCCUUUAAGUUCCACUUGCUCAAGAAGAACAUUUCAGAUACAACUGCGCUCGAAGAUGACUGCUCAUAUCAACCACAAAUCGCACAACGGUAACCAAGAUGACCAUCCGUUCAAAAGAUCAGACUCUGCGGUGUCGAUUAUGCAUUUGAAACGUGAGCCUUUCAARAUCACAGUGAUUGGUUCCGGUAACUGGGGGACCACCAUCGCCAAAGUUAUUGCAGAAAACACAGAGCUGCAUUCUCAUAUUUUCAACCCGGAAGUGAGAAUGUGGGUGUUUGAUGAGAAGAUCGGUGACGAAAAUCUAACGGAUAUCAUAAAUACAAGACAUCAAAACGUCAAAUAUCUACCAAAUAUCGACCUGCCCCACAACCUGGUGGCUGAUCCCGAUCUUUUGCAUUCCAUCAAGGGUGCUGAUAUCCUUGUCUUCAACAUCCCUCAUCAAUUCUUACCUAAUAUAGUCAAACAGCUACAAGGCCACGUGGCCCCUCACGUAAGAGCCAUCUCGUGUCUCAAAGGGUUCGAACUGGGCUCCAAGGGUGUUCAGUUGCUGUCCUCCUACGUCACCGACGAGUUAGGAGUCCAAUGUGGUGCAUUAUCCGGCGCCAACCUAGCCCCCGAAGUGGCCAAGGAACACUGGUCCGAAACCACCGUGGCCUACCAACUGCCAAAGGACUACCAAGGUGAAGGCAAGGACGUAGACCACAAGGUUCUAAAACUACUGUUCCACAGACCUUACUUCCACGUCAACGUCAUCGACGAUGUUGCUGGUAUCUCCAUUGCAGGUGCUUUGAAAAACGUCGUAGCACUGGCCUGCGGGUUCGUAGAAGGCAUGGGAUGGGGUAACAACGCCUCCGCUGCCAUCCAGAGACUGGGUCUGGGCGAGAUCAUCAAGUUCGGGAGAAUGUUCUUCCCGGAAUCCAAGGUCGAGACCUACUACCAGGAGUCCGCUGGUGUGGCUGAUCUAAUCACCACAUGUUCAGGCGGCAGAAACGUCAAGGUCGCUACGUACAUGGCCAAGACCGGCAAGUCCGCCCUGGAAGCAGAAAAGGAACUGCUAAACGGCCAGUCCGCCCAGGGGAUCAUCACAUGCAGAGAAGUCCACGAGUGGCUGCAAACGUGUGAGUUGACCCAAGAAUACCCACUGUUCGAGGCGGUGUACCAGAUAGUUUACAACAACGUCCGCAUGGAAGACCUACCGGAAAUGAUUGAAGAACUAGACAUCGAGGACAAAUAG